AUGCAGCACCGACAGGAGCAGACCAACGGCAAGCUAACCUCUGCGAGCGAAGCCGGCAGUUGUCGACCGACAAGCUCGCGCUUGUUCUUACUGUUCGAAGCAGUAGCAAUGGCCAUCACCAAGGCUCGGCUGCAGCUGUUCAAACGUGUACCCUCAUGUAUGCGGCCGUGGGCAUGUCGGCUCAUGAGCACUAGGUACUCGCCGGCCAGCCAGGUGAAGUAGGGAACAACACAGAGAAAAAUCUACCAACCUACAGUCGACUGCUGUAGUCUUAUGUGCUGUAGAAGUAUUAUUAUAAUACAAGUUAUGUGCGUACAGUUAUGUGUCGUGUGGUGUGGUUGUUGUUGCCUUCACAUUCAAAUACUUUCCAGCCUCUGCUCAGUACCUUUCAACUCCCAUGCCGUCCAACUGACGGGGAGCCUUCCGUGUAGUUACUAUCGAUCAUUUUUUGGUAAUAAAGGAAAGGAAUGCUGUGGUGUUGUGGGGAAAUGUUGAUAGUUCCAUGCUUGUUCUCGUAUUGGUGUUGUCCAAUGAAAACCACGUGUACAAAUCCCCCCUCCUUCUGUCGCUCGCGAGUGUUUCCUUCGGCACCUUGCUACAAGCCAUUUGCUUGCCAUUCGCCACAAACCAUGUUGCCGGAAGUAGCGUGUCGUCAUCUAUCGUACCUCUUGUUCUCGCUUACAAUAUACUUCGUAUAUGUAGGUCCUGCGAGUUUGUCCACUCUCACGGAUACGAUGUGACGAUGUGCGGUACCACAAUGGGAUCAUUGCCGGACUCAUGGAUAAAUGAAGACGUUCGUAGUCCUCCCCAACAGUUGUUGGCGGCCUCCACGAGCAAAGUAUUGGAAGAGUUUUUGUCUAUGCUGCACCAAGAUAUCGCGACCUAUCUAAGGUGGUGCAUGGUCGUGCACCUCCCAAAAAAAAGCGAAAAGGUCACGCCACCUCGUCCCCUCACUACCUCCAGUAAUGCUGAUGCUGUCUUAGCAUCUGAAACUGCACCAUCCAAUUGUGCCCAGCGCGCUAUUGCCGAAGAAGUGAAUGUCCUCGACGAACGUAGGCGAUUCCCCAACCUGAGAUACCGAGCCUCGGUUUACAAUACGAGACAAUAUAUCCAGGUUUAUCGCCAUUACGAUGGCAAAGCAGCUGUAGCCUCAAACGCCAACCCCCGAUGCUCUUCCUCUUCCGUGUGGUGUACCAAGUUUAGACGAACCGGAUGUUUACAUUGCGCUAUAGCAACUACACAGAGAAGCUCCGCUGGGCACUUGAGCUAUCGGGGGAGGUGUUCCACGAGGUGAGAACCGAAGUUUCGUAGGUAGCAGAACAAACGAGAUGAAGGGAACGGUUUUCACGUUUGAAGGGAGGCAACCAAGCUCGAAACAAAGUCAAAGUCAAAAAAUAUGUACAUGUACCAUUUCGCCUGUUUUCGUGCUUCGGGAUAUACUCAGCUGGCGGAGGAAAGUCUUUUCCCACGCUUCCUUCUCAUGGGCACGCAAGGGGACCGUCGGUACGGUACCGCCAGCGCCCGAGGACCGCCAGCCACCCGUGGCGCUUACACGCAAAGUUGAAAAGAUUGACUCUAUACCCCGGGGACGUCUUCCGCGUGAAGAAAGCCUUCGCAAGAAGUACGAAAAGAACUGCUUGGCAUAAUCAGGAAGACUUCCGUUUUUUCCUGCGCAACGCACACAAGUCCCACAGACCAUGGGCAACACGAAUACGUCAGAGCGAGUGAUCAAACGCAGGGGGGUGACAGCAGUAGAACCUGCAGCAAAGAGCCUAAGACGCCACUAGCCGAG